CCCGCUGGGACCUCGCAGCCACCGUGGGGACAUAGCUCCCCAGGAUGGGGCCAGGAGAUGCUCUGGGCCGGGGAGCACAGCCACCGUGGACCCACUGGCCAUCACCCACGGCACCCACUGCGGGCCACCCGUGGGGGCCGGUUCAGUGGUCAGGACCCGCCCUGACCCUUGGGGUCCCAGGCACAAAGGGCUCUGGGAGAAUGCCAGCGGCCGCGGGGUUCCGAGCCCCAUGCCCCGAGAGGGUCUGCCCCUGCAGCGUCAUUCCCCCCGGGGGACGCUCUGGGGCAGCCACCUGCGUCGUCCUGCUGUCACAACACAACAGCCUGGCCCGGGGCCUCUGGGGGGCUCGCUGAGAAACGCCCGCUGCGUGGCCUGUCCCGGACCCUGCCUCUCUUGUCCCCUCACUUGGGGGCUGGGCCUCUGGCUUGCACCACCAGCUUCGGAUCCUUUGCCCCCCUGGCUUUGUGGGCCCGGCCUGCAGUCACCAACCAUCCCGGACAUCGGGCGUUUCCAGGAUGGGGGACAUUAGUGCUAAAGCUGGAACAGUCCCUGGCAAACUGGCGAUUGGUCCCCCUGCCAGGCCCCGGCAGCCUCCUCUGUGGUCAGGCGUCUCUUCCCAGGGUGGGGGGUGAGGACCCCAGGGGCUCACACAGCGGAGGGCUGAGCGCAUGCAGCUGGCGCCCGUUUAUGACUCUGACCGUCAGCCACCCCUCUCAGUUCACGCUUCCAGCCUGGCAGCCUCCAGGAGGCCCAGAGGGGGUCUGGGGCCAGGCUGGGCGUGGUCCCCACCCCGGGACCCCCUGAGCUAGGGAGGGGACACGGGCCACAGCACGCCCUCCCCAGGGCUGACCUCCCCCCCCCCGCACCCCCCAAUCCUGCCAAGCUGAGCCUGAGCUGGAGAAACGCCCCAAGGUCCUGCGGAUCUCCUGCCGUGCCCCUGAGGCACUGCCCACCCUCUGGCCUGUUUCCCCAACAGCACCCAAAGGGGUUUAGUGUCUGUUCCUGGGGGAGACAGGAAGGGUGGGCGGCCAGAGGGGCUGAGAGUGGCCUGGCCUCACGAGUCCAGCGGGGGGGCCGCCUGCGCCCCGGCGCCACCCCUAAUCCGGCCCUUUAAGCUGACACAGCGUCUGCAUCUUCAGCCCGUCCCUCCCGCUAAGUCGCCAAAGCCCCCAGGCCUGAUGCCCCAUCCCUCCCAGGGCCUCUUAAGCCCCCCCACCCCCCACUGUGGCCAAUUAGCUAAUUGGGGCCUGAGAACAGAGCAGCACGUUCGUGUUUUAAAGUGAUGAAGCAAUUAGGGGAUUUGUCCCCCAGCCACAGGCCUCGCUCCCCUGGCUGCCGCCGGCUGAGCCCACCUUAGAGGGGGCACCCCAGGGAGCCCUCCCGCCGGCGCUCAGGGGGUCGGGGGCCUCCCCUACCCAAGUCCCCUCCUUCCUGGGCCACGGCUCCUCCUCCAGGCCCCUCGCCCCUUUUCUACCAGCUGUUCCGUGUGUCUCUCCCCGCGAAGCCGACGUUCCCGAAGGAUCUACUCCUGUCCCACGGGGCCGGGCAGCCGCCCUCCCGUCCUGUCACCAAGUCCAGGAGCCCCCACCCCCCACCCCUCUCCUCUCAGCUUUCGGGGCGCCCCCUUCCUGAGCCCCCAGGCUCCUCGGAUUGGGGGGUUGGCAGGCCGGCCUGGGGGGCUUCCCCUGGAACCUGUGCCGACUCUCGGGCCCCCGCCCCCGUGACAAUCCCAUCAUCCACCUGCCCCCAAACGGGCCUGCGUAUCGCCCGCUCCUCCUCCCCAAACUUUGUCCCCGUGGAACUGCUCUCCUGUCCCCCGGGCCCCCCGCCAUCCCCAUGGCCCUGACCAGGCCUCUGCAUCCUCCCGGCCUCCAUCUUGCCCACAACAGAUUCUUGUCCCAAACGCCGUCCGCCUGUGUCCCUCCCCUGCCCCCCACCCCCGACGGCUCCCAGUAGAUCCCCAUGCAGAUCCUUAAAAGAGCAGCCCACCCUGCGUGCCCCGUCCCUCCUCGGCCUGAGUGUCCUCACUAGGCCUCCGACCACCAGCAGCUGCAUUUUCCUGGUGUAGUUGCUGGUUGUCUGUCUCUCCCACUAGGAUGUCAGCUCCAAGGUUUGUGUUUUGUUGCCUACUGUGGGCAGUACCUGGUCCACAGUCAGGGCUCCAUCACAUGUUGACUGAGAGAAUGGAGUGAACUUCUAUUCAUCCCUCAAAACCCAGCUAAAAUGCCCCCUAUGCCCUGUCCUACUCAGUGCCCGGGGAGCCACCUGGAACUGCCUUCACCUCCUGGGACCUCAGCUUCCCCCACCCCGUUGACAUCUGUGACUCUGAGAGGGCCUUCUUCUGGCCCCAGCUGAUAAAAACCGUAACUGGACACUCAGUAAGCACUGACUGCAUACCAUUCACUGUGUGGAGUCCGCGUGAGAGCUCCAGGGCUGAGUCCUGGUGUCACAGCUAGGGAAACUGAGGCCCAGAGAAGCGGGCCCUUGUUGGUGUCCUACAGCGAGGGUGGCAGGCCCAGGCUGACGUGUCCCCCACCCCACGGCCCCAGCCCUCCGUCGGGCUGCCCUCCCCGGGAGGCUCAGUUAAUCACCGGGCUAAUCCUCCCCAGGGCCCCCCCUCGGGCCACCGGGCGGAGCCCCGUGGACGCCGGAUCCCACGGCCCAGGAGGGGCUGCCUGGCCGUGAGCGCUGCGCGGGCGGCGGGGGAGGGAGCUGUGGGGGCAGCGUCCCAGCCUCUGCGUCCUGGGUCCCAGACAGGGAGACAGACAGACAGACAGACGGACAGAGAUGUAGGGAGCCAGACGCGGAGGCAUCAACAGGGAAGGAGGUGGAGACAGAGUCGGAGGUCGACGGGGACGCCGACGAGGACCGCGGGCCCCUCCCCGCCUGCCCGGCCGGCCGUCCCUCCCGCGGUCCCACCCCAUCCGUGGCGCUGCCGCCCCGCCAGGCGGGGGCGCGGAGGAGCAUGUUCCUGAGCGCGGGCGAGGGGCCGGCGGCGGAGGGCGGGGCCCCGGGGCCGGGCGAGGAGGCCCCCAAGAAGCAGCACCGGCGCAACCGCACCACCUUCACCACCUACCAGCUGCACCAGCUCGAGCGGGCCUUCGAGGCCUCCCACUACCCGGACGUUUACAGCCGCGAGGAGCUGGCAGCCAAGGUGCACCUGCCCGAGGUGCGCGUGCAGGUGUGGUUCCAGAACCGCCGGGCCAAGUGGCGCCGCCAGGAGCGUCUGGAGUCCGGCUCCGGGGCCGUGGCAGCCCCGAGGCUCCCCGAGGCCCCAGCCCUGCCGUUCGCCCGCCCUCCGGCCGUGCCGCUGCCCCUGGAGCCCUGGCUGGGCCCCGGGCCCCCUGCCGGGCCGGGCCUGCCGCGCCUCCUGGGCCCCGGCCCCGGGCUGCAGGCGACCUUCGCGCCCCACGCCUUCGGGCCCGCCUUCUCGGACGGCUUCGCGCUGGAGGAGGCGUCGCUGCGGCUGCUGGCCAAGGAGCACGCGCAGGCGCUGGACAGGGCCUGGCCCCCGGCCUGAGCCGUCCGCCCUGUCACCAGGGCCUGCGACCUCCCGGGGACAGCGGCCACAGCCUGGUCACAGAGCGGCCCGGCCACCAGACCAGACCGCUGCUGCAGAGCAAGGCUUGGGGCCUCCGCGUCCCACCCUCCCUGUCCGUCAGUGGCCUCCCGCGCCGGGUCCCCCACCCGCGGCUGGCCUCGGGGCACCCUCUGCCCCUCCUGGGGCCUCAGGAGCCACGGGACGCUGAUUCUCUGAGUGCCCCCUGCUCAUCUCCCACCCAGGUUCCUGAGGUCGCACGGCCGGGAGUGGACGGAGCCGUUUCCAAACUCGUUGCUGACCCCGUCCCGCCAGGCACGGCGCUGGGUCCCUGGGGGCGUGCGAAGCGGUGGGACCCCUGCCGGGCGCUCACGGGGGACACGCAGGCAGAGGCAGGUGACGCUGGGGGAAUACCGCCCGUCCCUGCUCCCUCCAGGUACCCAGGUGUGGCUUCUGUCCCCCCACCCCACCACAGACCCCGUCACGUCCCCCAGCCCAGCGAGGCCAACCCAGCCGUGUCUCCCCGGGGCUCAUGAGGGCAAGACGGCCGCCCUGCCCGGGGCCGGGCCGGACUCAGGACACGAGGCUGUUGGGGGCAAGGAAUGGGGUGUGACCGGUGCCAGCACAACGGGGCGUCUCCCCAGGGAACAGGCAGCCCCGGUCAGAGCAGGAGGGGGAUGGGGACACAGGGGCAGAAGCUGCAAGCGGCCGGCACCCCGCCCCCUCCGGGCUGCGUCCAGGAAGCGACCACAGGCUCACUUCCGGCCCUCAGGCCACAUCCACACCCGCGGGGCCCACAGCCCGCCUGCUCAUCUCCAGCCUCAGAUGGCAGCACACGGGCCCCGGGUCCAUGUCGUGGUGACGCUACAGCUGCCGGGCCAACCCAUCCACCCAUCCAUCAUUCAUCCAACAUGCGACAGGGACGGGAUGGUGAACAGAACAAAGACCCCUGUCCUGACCGAGCUGCCACUCCAGUGGGAGAGACAAAAAGCACGAUUAAAAAAAUAAAUAAGUAAAACCCAAACCGCGAGCUGGUGACAAGUCCUAGAGGGAAAAUAAAACCAGGACGACAACUGGUCGUGCAGGGCUGCAAUUUAAUAGGCGGUCAGGGGACGCCUCGUGGACAAAGUGACCCCAGAGCAGAGACCUGGAGAGGAAGGAGGGAGCCAUGGGGACACCUGGGGGAGGAGCGACCCAGGCAGAGGGCACAGCCUGUGUAAA